GGAGUGUGGGCGGGGAGGGGGCUGGCGGCGGCGGCGGCGGCGGCGGGGAGGGUGGAGACGUAGCAGCAGCAGCAGCAGCAGCAGGAGGAGCAGCCAGGGCAGCAGCAAGGGCGCUAGGAGCGGUGCUGCGACGCAGACAGUUCGUGGGUCGGAGAGCAGUGACGGAACCACAUGUGACCGUUGCUACCAACCCAAGACGCCGCAACAGCCUCGGAGGAUGUCUGCCAUCUGCUUCGUAUGUAACCUGCCCAUCCUGAGCCACCAGGUUGGUUUGGUGUGGGAGGGAGGCAAUGGCUACGACGAAAUCCAAAGUGAGAGUUCGUCCCCGAGGCCUCGAGUGGGUCGCCGGGACUCCUCUGCUCAGAUCACCACCAUCGAGCCUCCUCGUGAGGUUCGGGAGACUUCUCCUCCCACCUCCCGCAGGCGACGAUCCUCCCUGGCACAACUCACGGACAUCCUGCGGGACUGGGGAAGACGGGAUUUGACGGAACAGCGCUCCACCAGUACUUGUACGACAACCACCAGCACCCCUAUAGGGCCUCUCACUCGGAGGGAAAGUCGUGAUCUUAGCCGGAGAGAGUCUAUUGCAGAUAUUGCAAGGUCUCUGCCAUGGCGACGAAAAGAUUCCAUCGUCGAGGUUCCUCGUAUCAAGACCCGACGGGAAUCCUCGGCCGAAAUGAAGAAGAGGCGGCAAAGCGGCACAGAUAUUCGGUCAGAUAUUGCAAAGUUUCUAGCCAGAAGAGAAAGUGUAGCGGAAAUUCUCCGUAGGCGUCGAGAUUCCCUUGAACAAGAGAAAAAAGAGCGACGUGAUUCGACCACUCAGGUAUAUACUCGGUCGAAUCGCAACAGUGUGGACAAAACCUCUUCCCCCGACCGGCCAGAAAUACAUUCGCCCCGGCAUGUUUCUUCCCCUGAGCCCCGAGAUUUGACACCGAGAACUAUUGUUACUACACAGGUGUCUGCAGAGUCUCAUGUUUCGCAAACCUCGCUUGUGUCGCAGAUGUCAAUAGGUGGAAAGGACUCCACUGAGCCUGGAGCCAUAGAGCCUAGGUCUCCAGUGUCUUCUCCGGCACCCUCCUCCCCCACCACAACCAUACGUCGAGAAUCUACAACACAAUUAUUCCGCGGUAGAAGAGACUCUCGUCCUCAAGUGUCGCCCGAACGAGGAUCGGGAAAAGGCAGUCGAGAACCAUCACCAAAGUACCGAGGAUUGCGACGACAAUCGACUGCAAUCGAAGAAGGUCUUCCCCUCCCGGGUUCUCGUCGAGGCUCUCGACCGUUUCUCUCCCCUGACGCUCCAGAAACAGAUGGACUGUCCAAAAAGUGCCGACGGGACUCUCUCUCACCGGACUCGGCGGCAGCAGAAGAACUUUCUAUGGGUAGAAAGGGAAGACGUGACUCUCGACCUCACUUGUCUCCAGAGGCAAGUGACUCCAACUCCAGAGAAACAUCUCCCAGAAGCCGGUUAAGAAGACAGUCCACCACUGCCGCUGAGUAUUGUGGACGUGGGCGGAGACCAUCCCGUUCUCCCCGCUCCCCAGAUUCUUCGUCAACAUGCUCUUCCAGGGAACACUCGCCCAAAGAGCGAGGUCUUCGUCGUCAGUCAACCACUGAAGAAAUAUUACUCUCUCGAGGAUUUCGUCGACAGUCCACAACAGAAGACAUUAUGCGAGCCCGCAAUUUCAGGCGUCAGAGCACCCAGAGUGAAGAGAUGUCAAAGUCGCGUGGUCGAAGAGACUCAAGCGCCCAGAUUACUGACGGCACGUUAGCUACGAUGACCGUCGAGACCUCGUGUGCCUUCUUUGACACCUCAACACAAACAGAAGGGUCUCUAUACGACAACAACAACUACCACGAGGAGUGCCUACGGUGUAACUCUUGCGGCCUCAAUCUGACGGGUCCCAACCAGACCCGCGCCCGACGCUACAAGAACCAGUUCCUCUGCGACCUCCACUUCGCUGAUGUCGCUCUCAUGGAGACGUCAGACUUCUUGCAGCAGCUUCGCUCUUUCAAGCCUCAGAGUCUUGGGUGUGCCGUCGCCAGGAGAAAAUCCUCAACUACGCUUAUCUUUCCCCUCCCACCCCAGGCCUGUGCAGACGAGUUUUGCCCCGGCUACCCGCACAGUCUCAUCCCGACCCCCGGCUACUGGAUAGAGUGCGCUGGCCAGCCGGUAUCGGAUGACACCAUUUGGGACGAAUCCGAACCCGAGCUGGAAGACGGCUCCCCCCAGAGCGACCACCCGGAGAAGGCCGACCAGAACAUCCAGGUGUGUCCUGGUGGACAGGUGCCUCUCAUCAACGAGCCGUCGCGGCAGAAGACUUGCAUCCAAGAGCAGUGGGAGCGCAGCGGCCAGUUCGACCUGACCAGCAUCGACCAGGAGACGUACGAGAAGUACUUCUACGGCUCAGAGCACUGGAACUACUUUACUCAGGACGAGGACCUCGGCCCUGUCAUCCUCUCACUCAAGCAGGAGACCUCUAACGGCAGGGACCAGUUCAGGAUCAUGGUGCGAGGGAUAUCCUACACGGUUCAUGGACUGGUACCCGCCUCAUGCGUCUUCGCUGACCGUUACAACCGAGAGGAGGUGGUCAGGUCCUUCGGCCGGGAGAUUAACCUCAACCCUCCCCUCGUUCUCGGCCAGCUGCCUGACAUUCCCGAGGAACUGCUCAAGCUCGACCAGGUGUUCAUCAAGAGUGAGCUCAAGGUGGGUGUGGUCUAUGUACGGGAGGAGCAGUUCACAGAAGAGGAGAUCCUCGACAACAAUCGACGCAUAUCGAUUUUCUUCAGUCCUCGGACAAUUUCGAUGAGGUUUGACAAGUACAAGGGCGGGCUGGACACUGUGCACGACCUGACGGGACUGUACAGCGUAUACGCUCACUGGAGGAACAUAGAGAUAAUGUUCCACGUCUCAACACUCCUGCCUUACGAGAAGCACGACCCUCAAAAGCUGCAGCGGAAGCGACACAUCGGAAACGACAUCGUGUGUGUGGUGUUCCUGGAGGCGGACAACACGCCCUUCUCCCCGGCCUGUAUCAAGUCUCAUUUCCUACACACGUUCAUUGUUGUCCGCACCAGUCCCAGGAUCAAGUUCAAGCCCACACGUUAUGAGGUGGCGGUGGUGUCCAGGGACGAGGUGGGAGCCUACAAGCCUUACCUGUGGGAACAGAGCUGCUUCGAGAAAGGCCCUAUGUUCCGUGAGUGGCUCCUUACCAAGAUCGUCAACGGGGAGAGAGCUUCAUAUUCAGCACCCAAGUUCGCUCGCAUGCAGGACCGCACCCGCUCUCAGAUGCUAGAGGAUCUGGUCAACAACCUCCAGAACCAUGCUGAGACUGGACAGAUUCCUAAACCUUACAGACGUGGCUCCUGGCGACCUAUCGGUCACAUGCGUCCUUCGUCGCCACUGCUGGACUCAGUUCGCGACCUAUUCGAGGGCACGACCAGACUAGCCAAAGACUUCACCCGUGCCUUCCACAACAGCGAAAAACCAGUCAACAAUAUUCUCUACGACGUCACUUUCCUCGUCGGUGCCGGCAAGGAGAAGUGCAAACUCUACGGGGUUAGAGCCAUCCUUGGUGUCCGCAGCAGGGUGUUCCAGGAGAUGCUGUACGGGUUCAGUACUGGCUUCGGCUCACCACAGGUCUCAGUAGCUGACAUACUGGCGCGCGCCGUCCCCACUCUCCACUCUCCCUCGCACAAGCCUAAGAGUUCCAACUUCCUCCAGGUGCCAGACAUCGAGACUCCGCGGCCCAAGAGUGUGCCCAACUCACCCAUCGUGAUGCGCGCCUUCUCCCGCUUGGGCACCCUCACGUCCGGUUGGGGCAGGUCCUCCAAGAAGCACGACCGGCUCUCCGUCGAGGACAAAAAGAAGUGGGCGUCCUCACAAGACUGCUCAGGGAAGGAUGGCAAGGAGCGGCAGGGAGACAAGAACGCCCUGGCGGUGCCUCGUCUGAGCGUGUGUGCUGACGGAGGCAAGGUGGACCGUGCACGCCUCUGUCAGGCGGAGUUCAGCAUCAUAGAGUUCGAGCACGACACCCUGAGGAUCCUGCUGGACUACCUGCACACGGGGUCCUGUCCGCUCACUUGUACCUCCAUCCCGGGUCUCAUCUGCGCCGCCGAGCACUACGACCUACCCGAGCUGCUGCAGGCUUGCUUCCAUCACGCCAAACAGUUCCUUAGAAUUGAAGUGGUGUGUAACAUGCUCACCAGUCUGGAGAACUACUACUGGCGCUACACCUCUGCCUCAGAACUAGUCAAUAUGAUUCUCGCCUUUGUCGAGACUAGAGCCAUCCAGGUGUUCCAGAGCCCUGACUUCCUCCAGCUGUCGGAGUCGAUGGUACACAUGAUGAUGGCAAGGAACCUGGAGGUAGCGGAGAUCACUAAGUUCGAGGCGAUGCUGGCAUGGGCCAAGAACCGAGUCAAGACCAAGGGAGGUUCUAAGGUAGAUUCGCGUGUCGAGUUCCGCUGCAUCAUGGAGAGACUUACCCGGGAGCUUAAACCUUAUAGGAUAUCUCCUCAGGAUCUCAUUAAGAUCGUGUUGCCGAGUAAGGCCAUCAAGAAUGAGAGGAUCCUAGAGACACUCAUGUUUCAGGCAAACUCUGGCAUGUACAGAAUCAACGACUCAUAUCUAGAGGCCUGUCAGCAGCGACUUCAGAAGCAGGAUUCCAAGUUUAGUGAGUGGGAAUCCUUUGACUAUGGUCUAUAGCACCAACAGGCCCUUCGGCAGUCUGGACCCGGUUCCUGAAGAGUCCUACAAUAGUGUGGACAUGGAGUUUGGUAACUUGUGGUCGAUUCAUUGCCACAGUAAGGGCUUCAAACCCAUUGAACUGACUUUAGGCACAAGGGUAGAUUUCAAACCCCUUGGGCUCUUGUUUGCCCAUGAGAAUCUCCAUCCCAUCACUUUAAGAUCGACUUGUGUGGGACUCGUGCCUCGGUGGUGUACCUUUUAUCAUGUGUUGAGAACCAUGAACCAUAACUGGUGGGAAGCCCUCUUAUGCAUGAUCUGAUAUGAUCUUGACUUCUGAGGAGUGUCUUCUGCCAGUAGUUCCUCUCAUGAUUUCUGAACACUUAAUUGAAAUCUAGAGCUGUUGUCUGCAGUGGCCAGUGAGAGUGGUCAAGAAGCCUAGUGAGAGUAGUCGAGAAGUAGCAUGGUGGGAGUAGUCGAGAAGUAGCAUGGUGAGAAAAGUCGAGCACAGUAUGGUGAGAGUUGUUGAGCAGCAGAGUAGUGAGAGUGGUGGAGCAGCUGUGUGAUAAGCAGCUGAUCAACCGUGUGCUGCAUUGCGUUGUAUAAUGAAGUUUAUCAUGCGAGUGUUGAGACGAGCCAGAACUGAUGCAGUCUUCGCACACUGGAAAGGACAAGCUCAACUACAAUCUUCUCCAUUUCUUUUGUAAUGGACCAUUACAUUAAAAGAUCAUAAAAGAUCAUCCAGUUAACAAAUAUUUGACUUUUCUUCAUAGAUUUUAUGGCAGUAUACAAAUAGCACAGUUCUGCCCUCCACCACAUCGCUCCCAGUGUGUCGGAGUCAUUAUAGAUAACAAGAAGUGAAGAUGAGAAGACUGCAGGGUGCAGCAAUAGAAUCUUCAGCUAAAUUAUUAAGCAAUUAUCCAUCCUAAUACCAGGUGGUAUAACUUACCAUCAUCCUUACACCAGGUGGUAUAACUUACCAUCAUCCUCACACCAGAUGGUAUAACUCACCACCAUCCUC